UCCCCGCUAUUCCACGCAGGAUCUUGGAGGAACUGAAUGAGUUCUUUUACUCCCGCUGGACCGUGUUGUAAGGCAGCCUUUGGAGGGGCGCGUGACAGACUGCGUGAGCAACCCUAGAAGCGUGUCCUUCAGCUAUAGGGACGUGGGACAGAAGAACGGGAGAUUGCAGGACUGACACUGGUGCAGAGGAGACACUUCUGUGAAGUGGUGGUUUAAUAUAAAGCUGGGUUUCAACGGCUCGGUACUCGCCAGUAGCCAUUCGGUCAUGAGUGGCCUGGAGAAGACCCCCCCUCGCAACAGCGGGCCCACUCAUUCCAGGAACAGCAGCCAUUCAUCUCGCCACUCCCACAUGCACUCAAGGGACUGGGAGAUCAUGGAGGACCUUCAGAGCGAGCUGAGCACAGGUUCAGAACAUCUGCAGGAACUGUCUGUUCCAGGCUUGUGCGAGGGAUUCCUGAUGAAAAAGAGGAAGUGGCCACUUAACGGUUGGCACAAGAGGUACUUUGUGUUGGAAAAAGGGAUCCUGCGUUAUGGUAAAACUCAGCAGGAUGUUCAGAGAGGAAAAAUCCACGGGUCUGUAGAUGUCAGUCUUGCCGUGAUGUCGGUUAACAAGAAAUCUAAGCGCAUCGACUUGGAUGCAGGUGACAAUCUGUAUCACAUGAAGGCAAAGAGAGAAGAGAUCUUCUACAUCUGGCUGACCAAACUCUCCGCCCAUCGCAUAUUCAAAAAGAACGAAGCGAUCCAUGCGCACCAAGGGGUCCUCCACGCAUUGUCUGUUGGUAACGGCCUGCCCACGAUAGCCAGCCUGGCCCAAAGGAACCGGGUUCUACCAGAUAUGUACCCAAGCAGUACUUCACUUUACCGCAUGGAGACUCUGAGGGAAGAUGAGCCGGCUGGGAUGACCAAUAAGGUGUCGGCAUGGCUGGAGCAGAAUCGGGAAUCUGACCAAUGUGCACAAGAACUUGCCCGCUGCAAGAUGGACCUGGAAGAGCUGAACCAGCUGGUUCAGAAGCUUAAUCAGCUGGAGAACAGCUGGCCUAUUACCAGCAAUGAGCUGGGCCACAGGAUCAGCAUGCAGAACCUUACUCUGGAGAAGCCCAAGAAAAAGUCAGGAAAGAUCUGGGGUCACUCGCGUACUCUUUCUGGGGUUGAGACCGGUGUGUUCACAUCCAGUCACCUACGCACUUCAUCGACCCUGGGAGCCUCUCUCCAGUCCAUCCCCGACUACGUGUACUCGCAGCUCUCCACCCCUGCCGUCACUUCCCCCGAAGGCAGGAAGAUCCAGCAGGAUAUCUGCAAUGUGUCUCAGAGGUUGCACACUUCUCUGUCAUCGGUGUUUCAAGCCCUGGUCCAGGAGCGUGAGAAGUUACAGCAGGUUUGGACGGGACCUGACUUUCGGCAGGCCACAUCCCAUCGCUUGGCUAGCCUGUGUACCACUCUCUCCGAGAUGGAGGUUCAGUCACGUCUGACAAAAGUUCACUCCCUGUCGUCUUCAGACUCCUCAGAUGAAUCCUUCUGCACCGUUCGCCAAGAACAGCCAACGCCAUCCUUGAGCCGCCACCCCAUGCGGACCCCAUCUCUGGCUGAAUCCGCUGCGGAGUACUUUGACGCCAGCGAGGUUCUCAACUGCGAGAGCUCAUCGGAGAACGAGGCUUCGGAUGAGUCGGGGCUCAGUGACGUCACUACCAGUAACUCUGAUCCUGAAGAGUUGCACGCACCAGUGGCUACUGUGGUGUAUCGCAGCAGUAUUUCAAGGGCCGACUUGCCCCGAGCUUUGCGUGCCGACACAGGCCACCGCACAGCCUUGCCCGCUCCGUGCCCUGACAACAGCCACAUCGGCCUCAUGACCAUACUGUACAACAACAUCGGGAAGGACCUGUCCCGCGUUUCCAUGCCAGUCGCACUCAACGAGCCCCUCUGUCUGCUGCAGAGAAUGUGUGAGGACCUGGAGUACUCGGAUCUGCUGGACACUGCCAGCCACACACCAGAUCCUUAUGAGAGGAUGGUGUACAUUGCUGCCUUCGUCAUUUCUGGCUAUGCCUGGGCAACAUACCGGAACCGCUACAAACCUUUCAAUCCCGUUCUGGGGGAAACGUACGAGUGUGUGCAAGAAGAGAGGGGUUUCCGCUACGUCAGCGAGCAGGUCAGCCAUCACCCCCCAAUCUCGGCUUGCCAUGCAGAAUCGGAGAACUUCACAUUUUGGCAAGACCAGAGAUUUAAGAACAAAUUUUGGGGCAAGUCGUUGGAGAUCAUCCCCACCGGAAUGGUGAAUGUUACACUUCCAAAGUUUGGCGACCAUUACGAGUGGAACAAGGUGGUCACUUGCAUCCACAAUGUGCUGAGUCAGCAGCGUUGGCUGGAGCAUUAUGGCGAGGUGCUGAUUCGCAAUAUCAACAGUACAGUGUGCACAUGUAAGAUGGUGUUCAUGAAGUCUCGCUCCUGGGGCUCAGACAACAACGUUAACGAGGUUCAAGGACAGGUCCUGAAUGAGGCUGGUGAGGUGGUCCACCAUUUCGGUGGGUUCUGGCAUGAGGGGAUAGUCUGUGACACCUUGCCUGUGCCAAAGUGCAUCUGGAAACCUAACCCUCAGCCCAAGAACUCUUAUGACUACUAUGGGUUCUCGCGCAUGGCAAUGGAAUUGAAUGAGCUAAUACCAGAAAAGCAGUCCAUGCUGCCUCCGACUGAUACCCGCUUCCGCCCAGACCAGAGACUUCUGGAAGGGGGCAAGGUGAGUGAGGCAGACAAGUGCAAGGAUGAGGUGGAGGAAAAGCAAAGGAGGAGACGGAAGCUUUUGGCCAAAAUGGGAGAAGAACAUGUGCCCCGCUUCUUCACGAAAACAUUAGAUAAAGCUGGCAGAGAAGUAUGGGUCACAAAUGGAACCUACUGGAAGAUCCGUGAGGAACCAGGUUUUGCCAGCACGGAAAACCUGGAUUUGUGGCGAACGGAUCAGUGAACAAACAUGGACUCUACACACUGAGGAUUGAAGAUGCACUUUUAGAGAGCUACACUUAUAUAGUCUGUUCAUUUCUAGGGGAGAGGUGGAGGUAGCAUACAUGAGCUGCUCUGAAAUACAGGGCGGAGAUGGUCCUUACGAAGGGUUUCCCCUGUUCACAGCACCGUCUUUUGUGAGAAUGCUGCUCUCAGCUCCCCGUCCUCCCCUGCACGCUGUCUUGAGCUGAGCAGGAAGUAUGUUGAGCUCCGAGAACUUGGGGCUCGCGCAAGCCGAAACUUAGGGGCUUCAGACAUUUCUGAAUCAGUCGUGAAAGUUUACAGCCAGUGUUUUAUUUAUGUAUUUAUAUAUAAUUUUUAUGAAUGCCGUUUUAUGCAAAGCUUUCAUUGCAAUGACUCCAUGUUAACCCUUGCCUGUGCAGAGACUGCACUUCAACAUCCUUGGGGGUUGCUCACACAAGGGUGAAGGUUCUGUCGUGAAAGACGUUCACUUUGCGAAGACGGUCUUGCCGUUAAUUUAGUUUGUGGGAGAUUGGCAUACUGCACUGCUAUUUCAUUCUUCUUGAACCAGCUCUUUCUCACAUUUUUACCACAUGUCAUUUGAUUUGUCUGUUUGGUUUGACAUGUUUUAUUAUGUUGACUGUAUACUUUUAGAAUUAGUAGGUGACCCCAGCAACUAAACGCUUCUGUUUCUAAAGGCCUGCAGUGAGCUGAUGCAGUGAGGUCCUCGUAUUGAUGUUUCAGCAGCACGGUCUUGGGAACAAGAGGAACUAUGUAAAAUUGUAUUGAAAAUAUUGGUGGUUAAAUUGAGAACCUCAGUGUGUAAAAUUUUG